CUUCUGUGUGUCAGUUCGUAUGUGGCAAUUUGGCUGCAGGCGAAGAAUCCACUCUUUUUUUCAUCUCAAAUUACGAAUGAUUCCUUGAAUAAUAACAUAAUUAUGUUUCAAACAACAAUCGGCAAUGUUGUUUUUUAAUAUGUUGAAUUUCUGGAAGUCCUUCACCAUGUUACAUUUGCUAUUAAUGCUAGUCCUGUUUACUUCCUAUGUUUCACCUGGUGCAAAUGACCUUCACUUCUAUGAUGGCUCUUCAACGGCUGACAUCAUUGCUGGUGAUGUUUUCUUUGAGAUUGUGGAUCCUCCCGAGUUGAGCUACUCCUUUCGCAUCCGACCAGCUAAGGAUUUUGGAGCACCUUUUAACCAGAGCUUUCAAUUUCAAAAUGCCCGUUUGGUGCCAACCAAACCCAUCCAUAGUUGCUCAGAUAUUUUGAAUACAGAUGAGCUUACCGGCCAUAUUGCAUUGUCUGAGAGAGGUGAAUGUUCAUUCGUAUUCAAGACCGUGAAAGCCCAGCAGGCUGGCGCCAGAGCGAUGAUCAUCACAGAGUCUGUGGACAAGUGGGAAGACUCCAUGGACCAUCUCAUUGAAAUGGUGGAUGACAGGAUGGAUACAGAAGUAAACAUCCCCGCAGGUUUCCUGCUAGGCCGCAGUGGCGCCACCAUACUAAGGACGUUGCGGCGGCUCAAAAUGAGCCACGCGAUCGUCAACCUCCCCGUCAAUAUGACGCAUGUUCCUAUUAGCAAAAUUAACCAGCCUCCUUGGAUCGCGUGGUAAAGUUUAGUUAGUAUACAAGAUACUAUCAUGAUAUGUUAUGUUGAGACACUUGAGACGGAGUCAUAGCUAAAUUGUUCACUACUUAUGCCAUGAUUUUACAAUACAUUUAUUUAGAUAUUGAAACAAAGUAGGCUGCUGGCGGCAUCUGUAUUUUAUCGUUGUAUCGCAAAUGCUGAUAUGUUGGCCCAACUAGUCGCCAGCUCUUACGUCAACCAGACUAGAGUUGUGCCUGCUCGUUCACUGAAAAGAUCGCUCCCAACUAGUACGAUCUCCGAAGUGUACUAGUUCGUUCUUUUAGGACAUUUAGGACAGUAGUACACCGAGAGAGCGAGAGACAAAUUGUGCAUAUGGCGUACAGCAAAGCUUGCUCGUACUAGCCGAGAGCUGAUCGGCCGUUUUCGCGCGCUCUCGGUCCGAGUCAGUCGCUUUUAGUUCGGUUGCGGUCGGAUCUCACGGAUCGCUUUUCUGUCAUUUUCACUCCUCGGCUCGUUGCUCCUUUCGCUCCCAUUCUAUUGCGCGUGUGUGAAUGUACUAAAUGUCCUAGAGAGCAGAAUCAUUUGGGAGUCGUUCGGUCUAGUACAGUGUAGGGAAUCGUGUCUUUUGUACUAUUAGUACAUGUCCUACACAAGCCUAAACCAGACGCUUAGCGAUUGCUACAAAUCAAUGUGCGCGUUGAGAGUACACUGGUCUAACUAGAGCUUCAACGCCAAGUGGUACAAAACGGUACUCUUUACCGAGGUUUUUGUAUUAAUUAUUCCCGGGCCGUGACACAUGGAAUGACGUUUCUUGUGGUUAUGCCAAACUUUAUCACGAAUAGCUCUCACUCGUAAUAACGGGCCUACAAUAAACUAAUUUAAGUUUUUAAUGUAAAAUUCAUAACAAUCAUAACAAUAAUAUUAUAGCUAACCAAACUAGGUGAAUCCAAAAAUCACUUUAUAAAAAAAUGCUCAAAAAUAGUGACAGUGCUUAUCCCUACACUAAGUCGUCAAAUUUAAUAUUUUUCAAUUAGUAUCAUACUGACCGGAAUAAUAGACCGCGAUUGUCUUUUUGUCUUUCUCGAGCUCCCAAUAUUUCGACGCAGUUACAUGCAUCAUGAUCACGUGUUACUGAAGAUGGAUGGAUGUCAAAGCAAUACGACGGUCUAUAUCCCGGGAAGUGUAAGGCUGAAAGUACACUAAAUAUCAUUAUGUUUAUCAUAGAAGUAUGAUCAAUUGAUCAUAGGUCUGUACUGUAUGCCUCCCUUUUUCUUCAACGUGAAGAAAAAGGACGACGUUGCCUAUGAUCAUAUUUCUAUCAUAAACAUAUGAUCCUGGACUAUCGGCCUAAGUACUAUUAUAUACGUCCAGUGAAACUAACCGUGAAUCAUUCAAAACUCCUAUUUUUAAUUUAGUGGUUAAGACGUUUACGUACAGUAAUUUAAGACUCCAUCUUGGCUGGAAGUAUCAAAAUGACAAUUACAAAUUAUAAUUUUAACAUUUAUUCUCUUGUAUUAAUCAAGUUAUGCUUAUAAUACGAGGUCAUAUAACCCGGCAACCUUCAAAUCAAGUGUGAACAGGCAUCUUCUGGGCGAGCUCACUCCAUCGUAGGCCACGUCUUUGCCUUUGGCUAGUCUGUGGUCAAGAGUAAGCCCAUUUAUAAUAAUAAUAAAAAAAAAAGUAAGCAAUCUUGAUACCUGUGUACCGUCAUCUACAUAAAAUAGUGUGUAUACCUGGAUUACCUAUCUGGAAUAGGUCAAUCUGUUAUUUAUUUGAUUAUUUAUUGAUAAAGGUGAUAGUUACUAUGUUUUAUAUCAAUAUAAGAACAUUUUGCUCAUAAUUAUAGAUCGUGUUUCUCACGAGUUUGUUUUUGACAAAUGUAUCCUUUAGUUAGUGGUACGACAAUACGAACCGAGCCACACUUCUUUGUGGAUGACACACAAAAAUGGUUAAAAAUUCAUGCAAUUUACAGACCCCAAGAUUUUUCAAGCUACAAAUGGAAUGAUGUCAAAAAUUACGUAAUUAGUUUAAAAUUGGUUUAAAUUGGCCGUUGCUGAGAAGUUUCCAUUAGAGAUCAGUCAUUAAGGGCCAGUUGCAUCAACCACAUUUGACAGACACAUCAUCGUCACACAGCAGAUGUCUAUGGAACUUCCCAUACAAUAAAAUUUAACGAACGCUUUAACGGUGUCAGACGGUUUGAUGCAACCGGCCCUAAGUGUAGUGUACCAAUGGUACUAAUUAAGUUUUGAUAAUCGCAAUGGUACCUAAAACCUUUCUACUCAGUUUUUUAUCCGUUUUAUUUGAAAAAUACUAAAGUCUUUGUUUUCAAUUGGUAACUUCGCAUUCCUUUAAUGUGGUUGUUAAUUAUAACAUUCCCUUAAAAUGUAUAAUGUGCUGUUACAAAAUACCGGCCACACCUUUAUUUACAAUAAUUCUGGCUAAUUCAAAAUAGGAAUAUACUUUGUGAACUAGUGCGGAAAAAGCACUACUAGUGUUUAUGAAAGUGACGGGAAGGGUACAAAAAAAGUUUCCAGAUUAAUUAUUAAUGAUAAUGUAAUUAAUUAUAGCAAACACACAUGUGCAAAGCUCAUUUAUCUUAUACAAUAUAAUAUGUAUUUGUUUGACCUGUAUUAGAAUAACUUGAGUUUGCUAGUCAAUAAUUUAUAUUGUUUGCGUUAUGCUAGCUAGGAGAUUAGUUUGAAAAUCGAGUGGAUGUUGAAAUUCGAGCGUUAUUAUUUGCAUUGCAUAUUUUUCUGAGGUAAGUACCUAUAGGUAAGUAAACACUUUCACAGAUAAAAAAAACUAAGUAAAUGUUUUUUUCAUCAAGUCGAACGUCAAACGACGGCGGAACCGAAAAGUCAACCGACUUUAGUAAAUUCAUAAUUCAACAAAUAAAAUGACAAUUUAGCUGUUUUGAUGUAACCGAGGUAUGCCAUAAAUCAUUGAUUUAUAUAAUUUUAUUAUAAUUUUAUUUAAUAUAAUUUAAUUAUCAAACGUUAAACAUUAAAUAAAUGUCAUAUAACUACAAAGAAAAAACGACCAAGCUAGGCCUCCAAGUGUUUCGAGUUGGGGACCGAUUCUUGAAUCUCGAACGCAUGAAUUCGCCGUAGAAAGUCUGUGGAAAACGACGUAAUGCUACGACUUUCGAACGGCGAAACAUGCGUUCGAGAUUCAAA